GCGAGAUGAAGGCAUUGGCUCCAAGUUUUCGCUCGUAUUCAAAACCUUUCCAGAGCUCAUUCUUUUCGUCCUCGCCUCCACUUCGAACGCGCGAUCACGUGUCGUUCAGAACCCGAACCCAAGUGAGUUUUCGGGGGGGCCUGCUCGAGCAAGAGGCUAGAAUGCGGAGAUGGCGGAGAAAUGGUGGCGAAUUCGAGUCCUGAUGGUGAGGAUGUGAAGAAGAAGAAGAAGAAGAAGAAGAAGAAGCUCGCUGUUUUUGUUUCCGGUAGAGGGUCGAAUUUCCGGGCGAUCCACGAGGCGUGCGUCGCGGGAACGAUCAGCGGAGAAGUUGCCGCCGUCGUCACUGAGAAAAGUGGUUGUGCAGGUGCCGUCUUUGCUAGAGACAUGGACAUCCCGGUUCUUUUGUUCCCCAAAACCAAACAAGAUCCCGAUGCGCUAUCUGCAAGUGACCUAAUUGUUGCUCUUAGGAGGUAUGAGGUUGACUUCAUUCUCCUUGCUGGGUACCUCAAACUUAUUCCGAUCGAAUUGAUCAAGUCCUUCCCAAAAUCCAUCAUCAAUACUCAUCCCUCCCUUCUUCCGGCUUUUGGGGGAAAAGGUUAUUAUGGAAUGAAAGUGCAUGAUUCAGUCAUUGCUUCUGGGGCUAGAUAUUCUGGGCCAACUAUCCACUUCAUCGGUGAGCAUUACGACAGGGGAUGUAUUCUUGCUCAAAGAGUCAUCCCGGUGUUGGCUAACGACACUGCAGAGGAACUGGCCACAAGAGUUCUCCAAGUGGAGCAUCGUUUAUAUGUGGAAACAGUAGCUGCUUUAUGCGAAGAGCGGAUAGUUUGGAGGGAAGAUGGCAUCCCCCUCAUUCGGAGCAUAGAAAAUCCCGAGCUGUACAGCUGGCCGAGCUGUUUACAAGCUUUCUGCGCAGUUCGUCUCUCGAGUCUGAUAGACAUCCGCAUUUCGCGAAUGCUUGUCUAUGUAAAUGGGAGUAUUGCGAAGAAUACGUUUUGCCCAACUUUGUUAGUCCAUCUGGCUUUCAUGUUUCAUUCGUUUGCAGGUUGUAUCAUCUUGAAGAAUUGUUUGAAUAAUGAAUCACUAUUAGCUAACAGUUGAUCACUGCUCGAGGAU